GACUCACUUACUCAGCAACUGUACAUGCUACAGCAGGGCAGAGAUACAGAGUGCAUUUGAAUUUCAGACUGUGGAGCUACCUUAAAGAAGACAAACAUUUAGGGGUUCUCUUGGUUUUUCUCUUUUGUUUGGCCUUCCACAGACCCUCCAUCUUUGAGGCACUUGUGAUGGCUUCCUGUAUGGUGUCUAUCCUCUUCCUGUUCCCUCUAAUCGCCGCCAUGUCAGCAGAAGAAGUGCCAGGCUGUAAGAUCCGGAUCACUAACAGGGGGCUCGAAAUGUUGAAGUACGAGACGCAGAAGUUUGUGGUUGAGGAACUGAGCAACAUCACCAUGCCAGAGAUGAAAGGCAAAGAGGGCCACUUCCAGUACACCAUCAAAGAGGUGAAGAUAAAUGAGCUGAACCUGACCUACGCUGACCUGGCCUUCCAGCCUGGCCUAGGACUGCUCUUCAAGGUGCAGAACUCCUCCAUCGCUCUCAGCUUCCAGAGACACAUCUUAUACUGGUUAUUCUAUGACACCGGAGCCAUCAAUGCCUCUGCAGAAGGUGUGAACAUCCACACUGUCCUGCACACGACCAGAGAUGAGUUGGGACGCCUCAAGAUCUCCAACAUCACCUGCGAUGCCUCCAUCGCCAAAAUGAAAAUUAAGUUCACUGGCACCUUGGGGAGGGUGUAUGACUUCCUGGCAACUUUUUUGACUACAGGAAUGCGCUUCCUUCUGAACCAGCAGAUCUGCCCUGUCAUGAACCACGCUGGUUUGGUUCUAAUCAACACUUUGUUGGAGACAAUUCCAGUGCGAACAGAAGUAGACAACUAUGUGGGGAUCGACUACUCCCUCCUCAGUGACCCCGUGGUGACUUCAAGGAGCCUUGACAUGGAUUUCAGGGGCAUGUUCUUUGAGCUCGGGAACGAGAGCAACACCUUGGUGAACUCUGCCAUCAACCCAAUUGUGAGAGAGUACGACCGCAUGGUGUACCUGGCUCUGUCUGAGUACUUCUUUGACAGUGGGUUGUACUCUUAUUAUAAAGCUGGCAUAUUCCAAAUGAAUAUCACCAACGAGCACAUGCCAAAGGAUCUGGAGAUGCUCCUUAGGACAACAUAUUUUGGCAUCAUUAUGAUGAUUAACCCAGCCCUGGUGGAAUACCCUAUCUCCCUGCAACUGGAGUUGAACUCUGCCCCCAAGACAACCGUCAAGACCUCCGGGGUCACCGUGGCCAUCACUGCCAUCGUCACGGUGAUGGUGCUACCGCCCGGCAAGGCGCCUGUUCAGCUCAGCAGCAUGACCAUGGUGGCCAAAUUCAAUGCCAAGGUGUCCAUGAAGGGCAAGAGACUGGCUGUUCACGCAGACAUGAGGAGGUUUAAAAUCUACUCCAACCAGUCUGCUUUGGAAUCACUGGCGCUUAUUCCCUUACAAGUCCCCCUCAAGACUAUGUUGCAGAUCUCAAUAGUACCCAUAAUCAAUAACUGGACCAAGAGAGGCGUCGCUAUCCCUCUUGCAGAUGGUAUGGACUUCAUAGAGGAAGUGGUGGAGUAUCAUAACGGUUACCUCAUCAUUGGGGCAAACCUACAUUUCAGCAAGGGCCUAAGGGAGAUGAUCGAGAGGAAAAUCCAGGCUGAUGCCGAGAACGCCAUCUAAAGAGAAUUAUCCACCAGCAAUAACCAAGGAUAGAUAUCUUAGAUAAACACCCAUCCAAUCCUGUGUUUCUAUGUCCUCAAGGGCACAUGCCUUAUCUACAACAUGGAGCAGACUCUACUGUAACAAUUUCACCAAACCAUGCGGAUUCAAAAUCUUUUAAGAAUCCAAAUUAAUAAGCUAGGCUGCAAUCUGUCCAAUAUAUAUGAGAGCGAAAUGGACAACACAAAUCAUGCUUAUGUAGAAAGAUCACCAUAAUAAUACCACAACUUUAGUAUUUUUUUUCCUAUUUAUUGCUAUUUUGAAAAGUGCUUUAAAGAUACUUUUAUAGUUGCCUAAUUUUUUAAUAGUCUAUAGAGAUAAAUCAUCAACAUUCUUGCCUCAGAAGGGCACAUACUGUAUGUGAGUGUACUACUCAAAACAAUACCUGACCUCGUGUCAUAAGAAUUGCCCAUGGUCAUGUCAAUGCCCAUGCUAAUGUCAGGAAUUAAUUGUGUGCUCUCCACCAUCCUUUUAAAAAUGACAAUGCAUCGUAUAAUGUAUAAUAUAUGCUAAACUUAAAACAAAUUUAAAAUGUGUUUCUACAAAAAAAAUGGCUUCUUUACUUUACCAUUAGUCAAAUGGAGUGCUAGCUGGUGGUCCUUCUGUAGCUCAGUUGGUAGAGCAUGGCGCUUGUAAUGCCAGGGUAGUGGGUUCGAUUCCCGGGAUCACCCAUACGUAGAAUGUAUGCACACAUGACUGUAAUUCGCUUUGGAUAAAAGCGUCUGCUAAAUGGCAUAUAUUAUUAUAAAUAAAAUGUACUAUAUGAGAAAUGAAAUGUUUAAGGAAUGUUAACAAAAAAAAUGUAAUUUUGUAAAUAUGGCUUCAUACCUGCAAAGACUAUUCAAUGAUUGAAAGGCUUUCCUUACAUGUGUAACUAGGGCCUAACCGAACAACAUUCAGUAUGACAAUGUGUUUAAUAAAUCAAUCCCA